UGCUGUUUUGCCUUUUUUCCUGGUUCCUAUGGUGACCGAGAAAGGACAUACAGAAACAAAAAAAGCAGAAACGAAACUGUUUUAUCGCUACGUAGACCUGCAGUCUCGGCUUUACUCCGUGGUUUACACUUCGUCAUGUGUGCUGCUGGUCAGUGGAGAUUGGCAUCAUAUUCUUUCACCAAUGGAAAUAAAAUGAGCAAAAUGGCGAGAACGCUUCUUGGCUUGAUAUUUGCCGUGCUUAUAAAUCAUUUCUUGUUUGCUGACAUUUGUUUUGCAGAGGGUUUCAACGUCAGACUGAUCAAUAAUUUGGAUAACUGCUUUGGGAGAGUUGAGGUCCUGCAUAAUGGCACGUGGGGAACAGUUUGUGGUGAAUCGUGGGAUAUUAGUCUUGCUACUCUGGUGUGCAGACAGCUGAACUGUGGAAGUGCUCUUACUGCUCAUGCUUGGGCUCUGUUUGGGGAAGGGAUUGGUCCUAUUUUGAGUCCUGUCGCUUGUAGGGGUGAUGAAUCUUCUAUUGAAGAGUGUUUUUUAGAACAAAAUGACUGUUUACACAAUCAAGAUGCAGGAGUUGUGUGUUCAGCUUCUCUACUGGUCAUCAUAAGUGCUGUGAUCAUAGCUGUGGUGUUUUUAUUAUGCAUCGCAAUAACUAUUAUCCUGGUGGUAAGGAGCAAAAGAAGACGUCAAAAACAGCAGAUAAGCUCCAGUGAUUGUAUCCAAGAUGUGGUUACCAUGCAUGACGUACCCCAUGAAGACAGGUAUAAAGAGAGUGAUGGUGAUGAUGAUGAUGACUAUGAGAAGGUAGAUGUUGAUGAAGACCGUGAAGAUCUGAACUCAAACACUGAGGAAGACUAUGUUAAUAUGAAUGAGGCUGUACAAACCAAUGUGAGAUCAGAUCAUUCAGAACAGGAUGUGAAUGUGGAAACUGAAGAUUCGGAAGGGGACUAUGUUAAUGUGGAAUCAGAAGAUUCAGAACAAGAUUAUGUGAAUGUGGAGAUCACAAAAGACAGAUGUCAAGUGGACAACAACUUUUAAGAUGCAUGAAAGCUGUUUUCAUAUAAAAGACAUGAACAGGUAAUACAAUGGAAUUACCACAGUGUGAUUCAAACCAAAAUACCAUGGAACUCUGUACUGCUCUUAGGAUCCUUGAGCAUAGCAACACUAAGGCCAUGAAACUCAAGACAAUUUUACUAAUGAAUACUGUCAAUGUCACAUUGGAGCAACAUAUCUGCCAAAUGCAUACUUGUAACUUUGCCUUGAUAUGUAAUAUGAUGGAAGAGUAACAUUUUAAAAAAUCAUACUGUGACAUCACCACUAUAAAUAGACUUUAAAAAUAAAAUUAAGGUUUUUGUAUGUAAAGUAAAAAUUGUGCCUUAGGCCUGGUUUCUCAGACAAGACUUAGCUCAAGCAGGACUAUUUCUUAGUUAGAUUAGGAUAUUUAAAUCACUUUUAUUGAAAUGCUUAAAAGUGAUACUUCACCCAAAAAUGAGAAUUCUGUCAUCAUUUGCUCAUCUUUGAGUUUCUCCAAAUGUGUACACAUUUCUUUGUUUUGAUGAACACAGAGAAAGAUAUUUGAAAUAAUGCUUAUAGCCAAACAGAUCUCAAAACCUGUUGACUCCAGUUUCAGACUGGACCUUCUUUUUAAAACACCAAUGGUGAAUAUAUAAUACAAUCUUUUUUUUCUGUUGCAAUAGCAUAACAUACCCUUUUGUUUUAUACAACAUACGGAGAUCCCAUUGAUGUCCUAAAUUAAAUAAGAUUCAUCAUUCAUUUAGUUUAACAGUUAAGUAUUUUACCUUUAAGUGUAAAGAUUAUUGCUUGCACACUUAUGUUGCUUACAUCUGUUUAGCAUUUGCUUUGUUAAGCUCUAGACGGAGAACCGGUGCUCUCGGUUGAGCCCUGCUUUGUUUCAGUUUACUUUUGCAACAUUUAGGGUUUUGGUUCCCUGCCAUUGUAUGGCUCGUUCAAUUUGAGACGACUGAUUUCUUAAUUAAGACACAUUAUACUAUAAAGGAACAAAAAACGAAAUAGAACAAGCAUAAAAAAUGUCAGUGUUUAUCAUUUAAUCUUACUAUGGAAGUCCAUUACCGCCACAUGAUAAAAGACAGGCUCUAAGAAGUCAUAAUUAUGAGAUUAAAAGAAACGAAAUUAUGACAAUAGCCAUUGUUGAUCUAGCUGUGAUGAAAUUCUUGCUUUAUCAGCAGAAAGGAAUGGAAUUAUGGAAGCCCAUUUUGGCCAUGUGAUGAAAAACAGGCUCUAUAUAUUCAUAAUCGAGAGAUAAUAAGUCGAAAGGAGAACCUAACUGUGGUGCGGUUCAAUAGUAUAAGGAAUGAAUGAAGGAGAUAGGGUCGGCGUGGCUGAGGAGAUUCUUCAUUUCUCAAAUAAAACAUAAGUCAAAAGUAAAUAAUAUUUCAAUAUGGCCUUCUUUCAUCGUUUCUUUUCCCAGCGUAUGUCCUCUAUGUGCCUUUGCGUUCUCAGCCAAACUUUGUAUCUCAAUCCUCCCCUCGUGCUGGCUUUUCUAUUCUUCUCGCCAAUCACUGUAACAAGAGACAAGUGUUUACAAUCAGCCUUUGACCUACUUAUUUCCUGCCGGUUUCCUGUCUCUCUCUCUCUCUCUCUCCAGACUUCGCUAGGACAUGCCUCCCCUGCCACACCAACGUACUGAUUAAAAUGGUGUAAAUGCAGCUCAGUUGUUAUACAAACCAAUUGCGAUUGGUUAUAUACUCUAACGAGGAAGACGGGACGAGAGCUGUGAGGCGAGGCCGGUGGCGUGAGUGAUAGUGGGAAUCAACCGUGCGCACACCGGUCCCGCAUAUCUCACAGAGGAGAUCGGGAACAUAAGAGGACGAGCGACAGGACUACAGACGAGAGAGGACCGGGCCCGGACUUGUGUUUAUGUUCUCGUGGCCGGCAGUUGACCGUGAGGGUGGGAAAGAAAGAAUCAACGAUCUUUUCAGCAGUCUGAGGACUAUCCGUUCUUCUCCACUUGUGAUCAACUGAGUAGCCGUUACAAACCUGACAGUGAUUAAAGUGCACAGAACAACCUUUCUUGGGCCCUAUGUGGGUCUCCCGCUUCAGGUCUUGUGAGAUGCUGGAGCCCAGGAACCUAAAUGACUCCAGAGCAAAGCAAUUACAAAAUGUUGUGUUUAGGGCCAUAUUCAAUGUCUAUGGAAUCUUUUUUUAAAGAUAUAUGAGCUUAAUUGAUCUUUCGGUCAGACUUCACUGGAAUGUUCAUUUAUUUGAACACAGGAACCUAUAGUUUAACGUUUUUAGCACUGGAUGCUGGCAUGGUCCACCUCACAAAUUUAAAGUGGGUGUACAUUUAAAAAAUACACUGCAGGCAUUUUUCAUAAGGCAGUAAGAGUUGGUUUUUAACACUUCCCCACCGUCCUUGGUUUUUGCAGUCCAUCUUGCUAUUAAAGGACACUUCCUCAAAUCUUCUUCAACAGGGUUAUGUUUUCUCAGAAUAGAGCUAGUGUUCAAAAUGUGUCAUUUGGAAUGAAG